UAGGUGGCUGUGGGUUGGUAACCGUGACAAAAUUAAGUAAAUUUUUGUCCAAAGUUUUGAUGAUUUGUUUAUUAUUUUAUUAAAAAUGCAGUAGGCACGAUUAUUUUUGUGUGGAAGUUCAAGUAAUCAGUAUUUGUGUGUUUAGGUUUCCACGAUGAUGAUACAAAGAUCCAGUGUCUAGAGGAGGCAGCAAGAUGAAGAAACAAUUUUUCCGAGUCAAGCAGCUUGCUGAUCAAACCUUCUCCAGAGCCGGGAAGACAGAAGUGUUAUCAGAUGACCUUCAGGCGGCUGAUAAGAGGGUGGAGUUCAUCCGAGUGGCGUGUCAGAACACGAGCAAGAAACUGAGUGGCUCCCUCCAGACCCAGGGACAGGAUGCCACUGCCAAGGAGAAAAGACUGAAAAAGAAUGCAGAUUACCAGUUGGGGAUUGCUAUGCUAGAGAGUGGAAACUGCGAAGAGGAUUGUUUGUUGAGGACUGUGAUAUCGGAGUGUGGCAAGCUGGAGAUGUGUCUGGCCAAUGCGUGUGUGGACCAUGAGGCCCGAGUAGAGACUGGUGUGUUAGCGACACUACAGACUGUGGUGGAGUCUGACAUACCCACCAUCAUGAAGCACAAACGCCACCUCAACAAGCUCAUACUAGACAUGGACAGUGCUAGAACCAGGUAUCAAACAGCUCAAAAGCACAACAAUUAUUCGCAAGGCAACAAAGUGGAGUCCAUCCGGGACGAGUUGGAGGAGGCGGAAACCAAAGUAGAACAGUGUCGGGACACACUGGCCUGUGAGAUGUUCCAGCUGAUGGCCAGAGAGACUGAGCUGGCCACCACUGUUCUGGAGUAUGCCAGGCUACAACGGUCGUACCACCAGACAGCAAUGGCCACUCUGGAUGAAAUGAUUCCUGAGUUGGAGUCCAACAUUUUGGACUGGAGUGUGAAGCCUGUGUUUGGAGUGUCACUGGAGGAGCAUCUGAGAGUGACUGGUCGUAAGAUCGCCUACCCUAUAGAGCUGUGUGUGUGUGCGCUCAGUGUGCUGGCCAUGGACGAGGAGGGACUGUUUAGAGUAGCUGGGGGAGCGUCCAAGAUAAAGCGGAUGAAGCUGAGUUUGGACGCCAACUGCUUGAGCUUGGAGACUGCGCUAGAGUAUCGGGACCCUCAUGUGAUAGCCUCGGUGCUCAAGAGCUACCUGCGCCAGCUCCCUGAACCUCUCAUGACUUACCGGCUUCACGACCAGUGGAUAGCUGCUGCCAAAGCACCAAACGACACCAGACUACAAGCUCUGUGGUCGGUGGUACAGCAACUGCCUACUGCGAACCUUGACAACCUGCGUUACCUUGUCAAGUUCCUAGCCUUGCUCUCUCAGAAUCAAGAGGUCAACAAGAUGACCCCCCAGAACAUAGCUAUUGUGGUAGCCCCCAAUCUACUUUGGUCGCCCAACGACGAUGGCAACAACAUCGGUAUGAACAUGAACACAGCCAGUCUACACAGCAUCAUAUUGGACAGCCUAGUCACCUACAGUGAUUACUUCUUUCCCGGGGAGUACAACAUGUUUGUCACAUUUACUAGAGACCAGGUAGUCAAUGGCCACACCAGGGCUGGCAGUGGAGACACCCAUCUGAUCAACACUGCAGACUCUGGUAUGAAGAGGACGCAGUCAAACAGUAGUCUGUCUGAGGACCAGAGCAGUCCACCACAGGGGAGUCCAAAGCCAAUGUCAAGAAAUAGGAAAAACAAACCAGCCCCUGUCCCACCUUCAAACCCUCCCAAAGAUACUGGGAAAGAAGCCAGUUCCAGUAGAGAUUCUGGAAAAGAAACCAAUCGUGGUGGUAAAAAAGAAACCAAUUGUGAUACUAAGAAAGGACCUUUAUCUAAUUAUGAAUCGGUGAUGUUAUUAAAAGAGUGUAAAAACUCUGAAGAUUCUAGUCAAUCUGCGACCGCCCCAGUAGUUGAAAAUCCCUCUCAAGUUUUUAUUGGGUUCGAGAGACUUGUGGUGGAAAAAACUCCAGAAGUCGGUGAUAAAAAACAGGAAGACAAAGAGAAGAAAGGAGAAGAAGAGGAAAAGAAAGUAGAAACUAUUCAGGGUGAAUUAAAAUCUGUGAUAGGAACAAAAGAAGAAAAUUUAACCCAAAGAAGUUCAGCAGAGAGUACACCGCUACGACCGCCAGAACCAGUCAAACCACCGCCCAAACCUGAGAAGCCAGAGUUCCGUGGGUCUGCUGAGCUAGUGUAUGGAACCUUGGAGCGUAAACGACCGCCCAGACCUACGCCAGCGCCUCGCACUUCCCUGGUGGAGCACGGAGAGAAGCCAGCAAUUCCAGAGCGACCCACAACUCUGCAGAGACCGCUCAGUAGCUCGUUCAGACACAGCAGGAACUUGGAGAUGGACUCGGACAAAUGUGGGGAUCAGGGCCCUGUCUCAUUGGAGAGAGCUCAUGUAUACUCAGUGGAUAAGCAACAAGUUUCCAUCAUCCAAGUAACAGGAGACAAGGAAUCCAGGAUUCAAGAUUGGUUUCCUACUUUUGUUAUGUCUUUGGUGAGGUUUAAAAAGAGGAAGGACAGUGGGGAGAAGCCAGAGAGACCCCCGAAACCUGAGGCAUUGGCUGUCACCCACAAUCCUGGACACAAACGUACUGCAUCCGAGGGCAACAUUGUGGACAACGGUACAGGACCUCUUAAAUCCCCAGUGAACCCUUCAAGACCACCCCGACCCAUGCCCCCACCUCCUCCCACACCUAAGGCUCGUGAAAGCACUGACCUGUGACAGCCUCAGUGGAGAGUGUUUCCUCGCUUGCUCAAACGUUCUGCUUGACCAUGAAGCUUCCUAUACAAACGCCUUAGACAAUUGGCAAGUUGCAGUUACCCCUAUACAGUCUUCUUGUGUACUUGUAAGAGUGAAAUAACUAAGGUAAACACUAUUUGUUAUUUGUUGUAUGCAGCGUGUUAUGUAAACAUAAGAAAUAGUGUAAACUGUAUUUUUAUCAAUUCUUAAAUUCUCUUUUAAAAGAAAAUAUUUGUGUCCUGAAAAACUGGAAAAGUUGCAGAUUUUUUAGGUUCAAUUUAGUGCAAUGUUGUUAUUUUUCAUUCAAUUGGUUCUAUGGUUCAGUCAGUAAAAAUUAUAUUUUUAAAAGGUCUUAUUUGAAUUGUAAGUAUGUAGGCUGGGUAAAAGUAUAGUUUAAAUACUCCAUUUUGCAAAAAGAAGUUUGCUUUCAACACUUAUCAAAUUAAAAUUGUGUCCUUCCUUAUAUAGAUUGAGACCCAAACAAAUAAAUAUAUUUUUCUCACUUUAAGUUUAAUAAUACUAUACUUAAUACUUAAGUGUCAAAAAUCUAAAAGAUUGUUUAAUGUUCAACAUAGUACAAAGUACAAAAAAAUUGUUUUCAGUUGAAUUAAUGAGUCAUGAAAAAGAUCAUAAUAAUUCUAAUGAAUUCAACAUUGAAUCGACAAUUUAACAACAUUGUACCUUUUACUUGCUUUCAGCUUUCAUUAGUUAAUCACCUAGUUAAUUGGUUAGUACACUGGAUAAUUAACAAAUCCAGUGUUUUAAUGUUCAAAACUAUUCGUCAAAGUUUUAUCGAUCCGCUUUAAAAUAAGUUGUUUUUAAUACUAGGGUAGUUUUAAAAUAGUCGCACAAAUAUCCAAUUCAAUAGUAGAAAACAUUGUCUGUGAUAGAUAUAGAAUCAGGUCUAAAGCAAUAUUCAGAACUAAAGUACCACAUUGGUUGCUAAACAAUUAUUGUUUAGUCCAUUAAUAAUUAUUUGCCUCCUAUGGGUAAUUAAUUGCAUACAUAUUUCUGUGUGGGGAUGUUGUUGCCUAUGGGUAUACAGCCCAAUACAGUUCUGAAAAGUCAUUACCGUACUUAGAGUAUCCUAUAACAGUAGUAUAUUAUUCAAAAAACUUAUAUUUUCCAACGUAACCAUCUUGUCUUUUAAAUAUCGCCAACUUCUUCAUAUGAACCUGAUAUACCAUGCUUAAGUAGUUAGGUAGUACUUUUCACCCUGAGUUUUUAAUUUAUACGUCUCAUAAAUUUGCCAAGAAUUAUGUGACAAGUAGUUUUUUUUUUAACGAUGAUGGAUUCCAAUUGCUGAAAUAUUCAGACUGAUUUUUUGUUGUGUGCCGGGGGGGGGGAUAAAUAACUCAAUUGAUUUUGUACAUUAUCCAGUUAGUAGGCCUAUAUAAAUGUUACAGUAAAAAAUGAAGCUAUGGUUGAAAUAGUUCUGUAAAAUACUUUAUAACCCAUGAAUUCACAGUAUUGUUUAGUAAUAAAAAAAACUUUCUGGGUGAAAACUAUUUACUCUUUUCAAUAACAUUUUUGACAAUACUUUGAUCAGUUGUGCUGGCAAGGUAUUUUUUAUUUUAUUUUAAUUUAUAUAGUGUUAAUUUAAUACUGGACAGCAGAUACUUAGUUUGUGCAACUGGUGGAAGCAGUAAGCUUGGAGGUCAGGUUAGUCAAGUCAAUAUCAGGUUAGGUUUUAUUGUAGUUUGAGCUAUUUGACUACUCUUUCUCGUUAAAAGUCGCUAGGUGGCAUUUUAUGCUUCUAUUCAUGCUUCAUUUGAUGCUUGUAAAUGUAAUUAUCUGCUACUAAAUUAGUAAAUUAGGCCUAAUGUUUUGUAUUUAGUGUAACUAUUGUCUGCAUUUAACUUGUAUAAAGAUUACGAUUUUGUUAUUUUUGUAUUAAAUACAACGUGUAAUUGUACGUGUACGUAAGCACUAUUGCAGGGAAAUUUAUGUGGACAUUUUAUAUCCUUAGUAAUCAAGUAAAAAGGGCUUUUAAACAGUUAGUGAAAUGUCUACUAUGUAUGUUACGUUUUACCAUAAAAAUAUUUGUUGAUAAAAUCAUACUGAUAUUUGUAAAAUUAUCUUUCAGCUGAAACUUGUGUUAUUGAAUGAGGAACUAUAUUAUUUGUUAUAAAACAUGUAUGUUAUCUUUUUAUAAAUAAUUAUAUGUAACUAUCCUAUGUACAGUAUAGUAAUUAUUUUUAGCAAAAAUUCCUUGUAAAACCACAUGAUAAUUGUAAUAGGUAUUUGUAUACUUUUUUGUCUGUUGUCUUAUUUUAAUCAUUAAUUUAAACGUACAAGUGCCUUAGUAUUUUGUUGUUUACUUCUUUAUUCAAUAUUUAUGAGCACAAACAUAGAUGAUUACAGCGAGUGUUUUGUUCUGUCCCUUGUUUAGGUUAUAAAUCACAAUAUUUUAUUUUAUUAACAUUGACUUUAAUGUUUUGUACGAAGACACCUAUCUUAUCUGACAUGCCAGCAUUAUUAUAGCUUACAUAUUACACAUGAUAGAUGUUUUCCAAGCUUCUUGAUACCAAUAUUACUACUCAUUGUCAGAAGUAUGACUUCAAAUUAAACAGUUGAAACGUUCUUAUAUAUAAUUUGAUCUCAACAAAACAAGUGUUUUGUCAUUGUAAAUCUGUAAAAAUUAAGCUUUUAACACGUUUGCUGGACUUGUGUGACGGCCAGUGUUGCGGGAAUAGCUAAUGCGCUGCAUGGAUGAGUGUGCGAAAUGUUUGAAUUUAGUUUCACCCAAUAUGAGAGGUAUGCCCCUUAAAAUAUGUUAUAGCAUGUUCUGCGUUCCAGUUGGUGGACGUAGUUGUACAAAAAACAACAGAUAGCACUAAACAAAGUGCUAAUAAGCCCUUAGUAUUGCCAGGAUACUAUGUGUGUAUGUACAGAAAGAAGCAGGGGCAAAGUACCUUAAAAAAUACCGCAAAGGUGUAGAGUAUAAUUUUAAGGUUAGGUUCUUUCCACAUUGCUACUUUACACUGCACACUACAUUAUGUGUCAUUAUCGAUAUCUUCUUUCAUGAUACUAAAUCUAAGCCGAAACCCCCACUCAAGACUGUUCGUGUUUGAUGCGAAAAUGAAUUGGACCAAAAUUUCAUAUGAAAGCGACACUACACGGGGCGACAAUAACAUCGUUCUCCACCAAGUGCUGGGCUCACACUAAGGCGCAGGUACUACAAUUACAGUAGCCCACAGCAAACGUGUUAAUGGUUGGUAAAAAUCAAUUCUAAAAGUCAAUUAAUGAACAUUUUUUUUAUAACUUAAAAUGUCAAAACUACAAACGUUUGUUUAAAUUUUAAUAUUACUCUGUUAAAUACAAACAAACAGCCACUUUUGGGGACUUUUCAAGUGUAAGAACUUACUACUAACUAAACCAAAAAAUCUAUAAAAAUAGCUCAAGUAAAAAAGUUUUUAACAGCCGAAGUGGACAAUGUAGUGAGCAAUUGAAAAUAAAUAACUUAAAGGCUUAAUUUAGCCUAGUUACAUUGCAGUACGAAUUUAAAUACAUGUUUAACUAUUAAACCUGUUUAGUAAUUACUGUAACUUUAAAUGAACUUAUUAUUUUUAAUGUAUUACUAAUUUUCUUUAUUAGCAAAAUAUUUAGAAAUAGUCUGAAUCAUACUUUGCUAAAAAUUUAGUAUUAUUUAUUAUUAUCAUGCAAUUUAUACCAUACUAUAGUUG